AUGUUCAAGCAUUUCAGCCUACUUCGCAGCGGAAUCAGCAUCCUUCUGAUCUUCUUCGGCGGCGUGCUGUUGCUUCGCAACGAGGUCAUGAUCUCUGACAACGUGGAGAUCAUUUGCAUGUUGAGCAUUGUGGUAGUGUCGAUGUUCCUCUCCCGCUUCAUGGGGCUUCCACCUAAGCGGGGGCAACCCUAUGAUACCACGGACAAGGAGUCUGAAGGAACCCCUUCAUCAAUCGCCAACUCAUCAGCCGCCCGGGCGCUGAUGUUCCCAGAAGUGGCGCAGGAGUUGCCAUCGGAGGCCCAGUCGAAGACUUGGUGUGGAUUUGUCCCCUUUGAUGUGUACUCCCUCCUGCAGCACUGCAGCAGCCUCAAGACGCCUUACCCUGACCCAUUUGCACGACGCAGACGCAGCGACGCAGCCAUGGGGCAAAUCGGAUCUUCCCCGCUGUCCUGGCUCAAGUUGCGACCUCAGAAGGUGGCAGAUUUCUCAGUGCCGGAACAUUCCGGAUCGAAGUAUCCUUCCGGCAUCAUGAUGCAAAAACAGGAGGCUGCGGCAGGGGUGUCCUUCACCACAGACUUGUCCAACAUCGGCAGUGGAAAACACAGUCGGAUUUUCAACGCUGGUGGCGGCGUCCUGCAAGAGGAACGCCGUUUGAUCGACAAAGUCUUCAGCAUCGUGGACAAGGACAACUCUGGGCAGGUGGACAUUGAGGAGCUCAAAGGGAUGUUCAAGAUCUUCAACGUGGAGGCCAGUUUCCUCGAGAGUGCCAUCAGCAGGAUCAUGUCCAACGUCGACAAGGAUUUGGACUACAUGAUCUCGCCACAGGAGUUCUACACCCUCCUGUCGCAGAAGUUUGAAAAGGAUGACCCCAAAGAAGAAAUCAUGGCCGUCUUCCGACGUAUGGAUAAGAACGGCGAUGGCCAUUUGGAUGUGGAUGAGAUGCACGAGGUUGCCACGAUGCUGGGUGAGGACAUUCCCAAGUCCGAGGUGAAGGAGAUGAUCAAAAUGUUCAACAGAAAGUACCAGAAAGACCUGCAGGAAUACAACAGGAACAAACGGAAAGCGUCAGGCACAAAGGAGCCGCCUGUCCCAGCGAGCAUCACCGCGGACGACUUCUAUGCCGUGAUGCAGGUCAUGGGCUUCACAGCGUACCACACCUCGGUCAUCAUUGGUGAUCGAGAACUCUUUUUCGAUGGAGCUGGUAUUGUUGAUGCCAAUGCCUUCUGGAGUCAUGAUUGGUGCGAAGGGGCACGCCGACAUAGCAGGCAGCGCCAAAUGGAGCUAGUAGACCUGGGAAAGAGCAGGUUGGAUUCAGGGCAGGCUGCAGGGAUUUUAGAUCCGUUUUUCGAGGAGGGCACCUACGACGUCUUGAGGAAGAACUGCAACAGCUUUUCAGAUGCCGCAGCCUGGCUCCUCUCCAAGAGCCGCUUGGACGCGAAGUUUAAUCGCUUGGAGCGCUGGGUGGUGAAUUUGGAACCCAUGUCCCUCGAGCUCAUUAGAAGGCUCAUGAGCAUGCUGCAGCAGUCCGACCAGGAGGCUUCUCCAGGGUAUGUUCCAAAUCCGCGAGCCAAAGACUUCAACGUGGAGCAGGUGGUUUCGAGAUUGGGCUCCAGGACCACCCCCAGAGCUACCAGGCAUCAUCACUGCUGCAAUCGGAACUCCCCACUGCCUCUGCCGGCAUCUCUGAAGAAGAUGUGCCAUUCAAGUGAGGAGGUGUCACCCUUGUCGCAUGAUGGAGCCAAUCUCAAGGACACGGUCAUUGAAAUGUCAUGGGAACCAUCCGUGGAAGACUACCCGUGUCGACCAUGGAAUCCCUUUGAAAGGACCAAGGAGAACCUCACCUGUGACGAGCCGGAGCCGAAGGUUCCUGCGGUGAUCAUCGAACGCCUUCGCCUCCCUGGGGGCAUUGGAGGCUGCAUCGAUCCACGAGGUCAUGGAGGAAGAUGUGGUUUGGCGAUCGAACUGAAACAGCGCCGUGCCUUGGCUGGCCUGAGCCAAAAAGUUCGGCACCAGGUUUCGGAGCGAGACCUCACGCCGUCGCACGUCGAAGAAGAUCUGCCCCGGACAGAUCCUUCCCCGCGGCAGCCGCGACAGGUGGAAUCUGCCCCUGCUCAGGUUGAAGGAUACAGCGAAGACGAGGAGUUUUACGAGGACAGCGAUGAUGAAAGUGAAGCCCGAGAUCCUGGCAGCCCAGCGGAGGAGGACACGAGCACCCAUCUGAACUCGGAGGUUCGAUCCAUGGGAGCUCCCGAGGAGGAGUGUCAGAGUUCCAAGGAGGCCUCAGCCUUGGCCCAAAGCCUGGCCUCCAAGGCACUCUCCAUGUCUCCAGAUGAAGGCCCAGGUGACGAACUCGCUAUGAGCGAGAUCAGUGGCGACACAGGCGCUUCCUUGGACAUUCCGUACGAGACUGGCGAUGCAGCUAGUGUGGAUUCGGAAGAUUGCUUUCAGACGGCGGGCAAGAUCUUGCCCAAACGGGAAAGGGCAAACAGUGGGGCGACUGACGCAUCUGCGUGA